AUGGAAAACAUUACAGUAGCCAAACAAGUGAAAAUUGGCUGGAGGAAGAUAAGUUUCAACAGUAUGUGUAAAGGUGGCACUCGCACUCUUCCCCAAAUAAAAUCCCAAUGGAGCAUCAUUAAAAUGACAAAAAAGAAAAUUAAGUCUGUCGAGCGAAAGAAUCUUCGCCAGACUGGUGGUGGUCCACAUCCAACUACGAACCCUAAAAAUGGAGACGACAUUUGUUCAUGGCUCCCUAACGAAUUUGUCAUUGACACCAAUGAAUUUGAUUCUGAUGAAAUAAAUCAGAUUGGGGAGCCAUCGCAAAAUGAAAUCAAAGUGGAUGGGAUAAAUAAACUUGUCAAUGUUGAAAGCAAGUCUUCAGAUAAUGCAGUAGAAAUACUUGAGGAGAUCCAAACUACACGAGAGGUUGUAUCUAUUGGCUCAGCACCAAAACCACUCUAUACACCAUCUAAGAAACCUGAAAGAAAGAAUAAAAAUGAGAAAAAGACCGCAGAUCAUGCAGAAAGUAUAGCCAAUACUGAAAUCGAGUGCAGGAAAGAGGUCCAUCAAGCCCAAAUGGCAAAUGAAGAAAGGAAAGCCCGAAACUUGGACCUCGAUGAGACAUUAAUUAAAUUAAAAAUUGAAUAUUAUAAAAAAAACUUCUAG